AUGCCCCCCAAGAAGGCCACCAGCACAACCGCCGCGCCCAAGAAGGCUGCUCCGGCUCACGCCUCCUACCGUGAUAUGAUCAAGGAUGCUAUUGUCAACUUGAAAGAGCGCAACGGUUCCAGCCGUCAAGCCAUCAAGAAAUAUGUUUCUUCCAACAACAAGAUCAAUGUCGCCUCUCAGGCUACCUUUGAUGCCCAGUUCAACAAGGCCAUCAAGGCCGGCGUUGAGAAGGGCGAGUUCACCCAGCCCAAGGGUCCCUCUGGUCCCGUGAAGCUGGCCAAGAAGGAGCCUGCUCCUAAGGCACCCAAGAAGGAGCCCGCGGCCAAGAAGGCCGCCACCGCCAAGAAGCCCGCUGCGGCCAAGGCCACUGCUGCCACCAAGGAGAAGAAGGCUGCUGCUCCUAAGAAGGCUGCUGCCAAGGCGACUACCACCACGAAGACCACUGGCACAGCCAAGAAGGCUAGCACCACCAAGAAGACCACUGCUGCCAAGCCCAAGGCCAACUCUGGUAAGGCCCGCAAGACGACCACUGCCGCUCCGGCGAUAGUUGAGCAGCCCAAGGUCCUCGGCACGACCAAGUCUGGCCGAGUCACCAAGACCACAGCGGCGUCCAAGCCCGCUACCAAGAAGCGCACGACCCCUAAGAAAUAG